GGAAAACACAUUAAAAAUUAAAUGAGACAUAUUGCCAGAAAUAAUUGCAUAAUAAAUAAAAUCAAAGAUGGAUUGGCCACUGUUCAAUUUAAUAGACCUGAAAAGCUUAAUGCAGUCAAUCUUGAAAUGUGUGAAGAUAUUCUUGAAAGUGCAAAACUUUGGAAUGAACAUGCUGUUGUGACUAUUUUAUAAGGAAAUGGUAAAACCUUUUCUGUUGGAGCAGACUUUUAGUAAAUUAAUAAAUAACAUUAGACACUUAUUAAAUAUAUCUCAAAGAACAAAUGAUUAAUCAAAUGUAUCUACUAAUGAUCAAUUAAAAGAUAUAUCUAAAAUUAGUCAAUUAGGUGAUUAAACUAAAAAAGCACUUUAUACUAUGAACUAAACUAAAAGUAUAAUGGUUUCAAUUAUGAAUGGAUCUGCUAUAGGAAUAGGUGCUGGUUUUGGAAUUAAUUCUCGUUUUAAAAUUGCAACAGAGAAUUCAACAUUUGUUAUGCCUUAAUGUAAAAUAGGUAUGGUACCUGAUGGAGGAAGUGCCUUACAUUUUAGUAAAUUACAACAAAAUUAUGGUUUGUAUUUGGGUAUGAGUGGUGAAUAAAUUGAUGGCAUAAAAAUGGUUCAUUUAGGUAUAGCUGACUUUCUAAUUGACAGUUAAUGCUUACCUGAAAUUGAAGAGGAAUUUGAACAUGCAUAUUUCUUAAGAGAUGAAGAAUCUAUAGAAGAAUUUUUACUAUAAAGAUUUUGUUAAAGACAUAGAACAGAAUUUAAUAUUCCUAAAUAAUUUGAAAAUGUAUUGGGUUUAUCUUCUUUACCAUCAAUUAUGUCUGCUAUGGAAGCACAAUUUCCACAAUAAGCUGCUGAAAUUAGAAAAAAUAGUGCUUUUAGUGUUUAUGCAUUUUAUGAAUAAUAUAUGAGAAAUAAAAAGACAAAAUUAUCUCUAAAAGAUAAUCUAAANAUGUCAGAUAUUUAUAAUAUUAAAAUUAUAUCAACUCUUUUGAAUCUAUAGUUAUUUUAUAUUUUGAUAAUAACCAAUAAAAUCUUAUAUUUAGUUAUGUGUCUAAAAAUUUAAUGAAUUUAAAAUCUUAAUUUCAUUUACUUAAUUCCUUUGUUUAGUUUAUUUAUCAUUUUUAUAUGAAUUAUGAUAAUUUAAUAUCUAAAAGACAUUUAUUUAAUAAUUUUUAUUUUAGGAGGAAAACACAUUAAAAAUU